AUGGAGCACGCGCUCUGGCUGCUGUGGGCGGCGACGCUCGGCGUCACGUCACUCCUCUACCACUACCUGGCCAACACACGACCCCGCUUCGCCACCGGGCGACGGCGGCAACUACCGCCUGGCCCCAGCCCGCUGCCGCUCCUCGGAAACCUACUCGACCUCCGCGGCGGCAACCUCCACCACACGCUCGCGCGCCUCGCGCGCACCCACGGCCCCGUCAUGCGCCUCAGGCUUGCACUCACUACAGCCGUGGUCGUCUCCUCGCGCGACGCGGCGAGGGAGGCGUUCACCGAGCACGAUCGCGCCCUCUCCGCGCGCGCCGUCCCGGACAUGGCCUGCGCGGCCGGGUUCGCCGACCGGUCCGUGAUCUGGCUGCCGAGCUCCGACCCGCGGUGGAAGGCCAUGCGCGGCGUCGUGGCCGCGCACGCCUUCUCCCCGCGCAGGCUCGCCGCGGCGCGCGGCGCCCGCGAGCGCAAGGUGCGGGAACUGGUCAGCUACCUCCGUGACCGCGCCGGGCAGGAGGUGGAAGUCGGCCGGGCCGUGUACGGCGGCGUGCUCAACCUCGUGUCGGGCGCCCUGUUCUCCGCCGACGUGGUCGACGUGGGCGCCGAGUCCGCGCAGGGGUUGCGGGAGCUCGUGGAGGAGAUCAUCGAGGCGAUCGCGAAACCGAACGUGUCGGACCUGUUCCCUUUCCUCCGGCCGCUCGACCUGCAAGGAUGGCGUCGCUGGACGGCCGGGCGCUUUCACAAAGUCUUUCGCGUCUUGGAUGACAUAGUUGACAGGCGGUUGGCCGAUGCCUCCUCCUCGUCCGCGGAUAUGCAGGGUGACUUCCUGGACGCGCUCCUGGAGCUCGUGUCCACAGGCAAGAUGACUCGUGACGACGUGACAACCAUCAUGUUCGACGUGUUCGCCGCCGGGAGCGACACCGUUGCGAUCACCGUGGAGUGGGCGAUGGCCGAGCUGCUGCGCAACCCGAGCAUCAUGGCCAAGCUUCGCGCCGAGAUCGAGGGCGCCAUCGGCAGCAAGGAGACCGUCGAGGAGCCCGACGCGGCGAGCCUGUCGUACCUUCAGGCUGUGGUGAAGGAGGCGAUGCGGCUGCACCCGGUGGCGCCGCUGCUGUCCCACCGGGCCACGGAGGACGGCGUCGAGAUCGGGGGCUACGCCGUGCCCAAGGGCUGCACGGUGAUAUUCAAUGCGUGGGCGAUAAUGCGGGAUCCGGCGGCGUCGGAGAGGCCGGACGAGUUCGUCCCGGAGCGGUUCUUGGGUAGGGAGGACGGGACGGGCUUCAGAGGGAAGGAGCUCAAGUUCAUCCCGUUCGGGUCCGGCCGGAGGCUGUGCCCCAGCCUGCCCAUGGCGGAGCGCGUGGUGCCGCUCAUAUCGGCGUCGCUGCUGCACGCGUUCGAGUGGCGACUGCCGGACGGCGUGUCCGCCGAGGAAUUGGACGUGAACGAGAAGUUUACUACUGCAAAUGUGCUCGCCGUCCCCCUGAGGGCCAUGCCCGUUGCCGCACAAAUGGAGAGCGAGCUCUGGCUGCUAUGGGCGACGCUCGUCGUGUCUCUCCUCUACUACCUGAGCAGCCUGAGACGAGGCACGGGCACCCCACGGCUGCCGCCGGGACCCAGGCCGCUCCCUCUCGUCGGCAACCUCCUCGACCUGCGCGGCCACCUCCACCACACGCUCGCCCGCCUCGCACGCGUCCACGGCCCCGUCAUGCGCCUCAAGCUGGGGCUCACCACGGCCGUGGUCGUCUCCUCGCGCGGCGCGGCGAGGGAGGCGUUCGCGAGGCACGACCGCCGCCUCGCCGCGCGCGCCGUCCCGGACGCCGCCCGGGCGCUGAGGUUCUCCGACCGCUCCAUGAUCUGGCUCCCGAGCUCCGACCCGCGGUGGAAGCCCUGCGCGGCAUCGUGGCCACGCACGUCUUCUCCCCGCGCGGGCCUCGCAGCGGCGCGCGGCGUCCGCGAGCGCAAGGUCCGCGACCUGCUCUCAUCCAAGGUCACGCACGGCGACUUCCUCGAUGCGCUCCUCGAGCUCCUGUCCGCGGGCAAGGUCGCUCGUGACAACCUGACGACCAUCCUUUUCGACGUGUUCGUAGCCGGGAGCGACACCAUAGCGAUCACGGUUGAGUGGGCGAUGGCCGAGCUGCUCCGGAACCCGAGCAUCAUGGCCAAGGUGCGCAUGGAGCUCGAUGGCGUUCUCGGCGACAAAGAAACUGUCCAGGAGCCCGACGUGGCGAGCCUGCCGUACCUCCAGGCCGUGGUGAAGGAGGCGAUGCGGCUGCACCCGGUGGCGCCGAUACUGUUGCCGCAUCAGGCCGUAGAGGACGGUGUCGAGAUCGGCGGCUACAUGGUGCCCAAGGGGAGCACCGUCAUCUUCAACGCCUGGGCGAUAAUGCGGGAUCCGGAGCUGUGGGAGAGGCCGGAGGAGUUCGUCCCGGAGCGGUUCUUGGACGAGGCUGCAAGUGUGGAGUUGAGGGCGAAGGACUUCGAGUUCAUCCCGUUUGGGGCCGGACGGAGGCUGUGCCCUGGCUUGCCCAUGGCAGAGCGUGUUGUGCCGCACAUAGUGGCAUCAUUGCUACAUGGGUUCGAUUGGCGCCUGCCCGAGGGUGUAUCCAAUGAGCAAUUGGACUUGAGCGAAAAGUUUACUACUGUAAAUGUACUGGUCGUCCCACUUAGGGCAGUGCCCGUUAUGAGAACCUAGUUGUAUAGGGUCAAUGCAAAAUUGCAAAUAAAGGUGUGUUUUUUUUCAUUUUAAUGGCACCGCCGUGGAUGAAUGAGCAAAUAAAGGGCAUUUAACUA